CCAGUGUCACCGCCCGGUGCAGGACUCGUGUAUGAUUCCACGCUGUAACUCUCAGACUCUCUUCUUAACUCCCUCUAACUUCUGACAUGGUGCGAUGUUCCGUGCAGCCUCACAACGCGUGGACUUGUUUCGGGUGAUUGUACUGCACUUUGCUCUCGUUGCGCAGUCGGGCUGUGAGUCAGCCGACACGGGCAGCUGUCAUGAGGUGAAGACAGCCUACAUGAUGCGCCAGAUCGGCCCAGUGGAGCUGGUACCGGAGACACCGGGAACAGGUGAGUCUCUCCGAGUGUGCGUCCACCCCGGGCCCACGUGCUGCACAAGUAAGAUGGAGGACAGCUACAUGGCGGCUGUUCGCAGUGAGACGCAGCAGAAGAUGCAGUCUUACAGCUUUGAGCUCAAGUACCUGAUCGCCGGACACACCAAGGCCUAUCAAGACACCUUUGAGUCGCUGGUGUCCUUCACGUCCAACCUGACCAGCUCUCUGUUCGACAGCGCCUACUCCUCUCUGGCGUCUGACUGUCGCCCCCUUGUGUUUCAGCUGUUUGGCGACAUCAAACGCCAUCUCUCCGGAGACUCCACUGCCCCCUUGGACAACAGCGUGCGUCGAUUCUACAACGACCUCUUCCCUUUGGUGUACCGUCGUCUGCUCAACCCCGGGAUCGGCAACAUGUCCCUGCAGUCCUCUACCUCCAACACUCUGGACGACUGCCUGCGACUAACGCGGCAGGACGUCAGCCCAUUCGGAUCCCAUCCUCGCCUUCUGGUCAGCAGCCUGUCCAGUGCGCUUGGAGUAGGGCGGGCGUUGAGCCGGUUGUUACGACUCGCCAGCGAGGUCGUGAACGCGACCGAGAAGGCAACGUUAUCGAGGGAGUGUGGGCGUGGUUUAGUGAGGAUGCAGUACUGCUCCCACUGCAGAGGCCUGACACUGAUACGACCAUGCACUGGACUCUGUGUUAACAUUAUGAGAGGAUGUCUGGUCGGGCUAUCAGAACUUGGCACCCCCUGGAGGAGUUUGGUUGUAUUGCUACAACGCUUAGCUGCCACUCUAGCGACGAGCAGCAACCACAACAGCAUGGAGCUGGCUCUGUUGGCGGUGCGGAACCACGUGAACGAUGCCAUACUGCAUGCUCAGCUGCACGGGCCUCGCAUCACAGCCACAGUGGAGAAGGUGUGUGGUCCACAGGACGCCGGUCCCAUGAUUACGAGAACAAAACCCACCGGCUCCCACAAUGCAACUUUAGUGGCCGCUGUCGCAUCGCUGACCUCAGAGGGUUCGUCUGUGACUUCACCCGCUCAUCAGCGCCUGCAGCUGCAGUCCCAGAGGUUGUUUCCUCUUAAAGGCUCCAGAGGUGACAAAAGUCGAAACCUGAAGAAAAUGUCAAGGGAGUUUGAGGGAUCUAUACAACGGUACCAGUGGUUCUUCACAGAGCUCCCAGAGAUGCUCUGCGAGAGCGAGAUGGCGGUGGAGCAGCACACAUGCUGGAGUGGCCGAGAUGUUGCAGAGAGUUAUCCCGGUCAUGUGGUUGGCAGCACUUUAAAAGCCCAGAGGGAAAAUCCAGAGGUGACUGUUCGUAACACAGAUCCCGUCCUGAAGAGGACGAAACAGAGACUGGAACAGCUAACACAGGGGCUGUUAGUGGAGCUUGGCUGGGCAAGAAAAGCACGAGUGAGAGUUGAAGAAGAGGAAGGAGGGAGCACGCAGACAGACAGAGGCAGUGGAAGCGACUGUGAUGAUGAAGAUGGCUGUGAAGCAUCUGGCGGGGAGAUGGGAGAAGAGACGGAUGAUUCAUCCAGCGGCCAAAGUCCUGACACAAAGAACGUGGCUCAAGCUCCUCUUCCUCAUCAUCCCGUCCCUCCUCAUCACCCCUCCACUCCACAGGUGGUUGUUCGAGGCUCUGCCCACACCGUGACCUUUAAACCUUUACCUUUGACCACGGUGACCUUGCUGCUCCUGCUGCUGCUGUCCAUGUGGGACCGCUGAGACACGGACCAUGAGACGGACAGAAGAAACUGAGAGACGACCACAAGCUGUAUGUUCUGGGGUGGUGUUUGGUAUUUGGAGUUUUUUUGGCAAGCACAGCUGAGCCCACUCUUGAGUGGAGCGGUGACGCAGACUGUGAAUUUGUCACAGUUGCAGUGGCACAGUAUGCAUUUUUACCUGUACUUACCUCUUCAGUGGUUUAUUUGUAUUUAACUCUAACAGGAUAGGUUGCACAGCACUACUUACUUCUUUUUUUUUUUUUGAAGAGAUAUGUAAAUAAAAAAAAUAUAUAUAUUAUAUAUUUAUAUGAAGAGUUUCUAUAGAUAACGAUGGCUUGAUGUGUAAAUAGAGAUUAAUAUAGAGCAGAGUCCUUUGGACAAAUGUCCCCCACAGAGACGGUGAUCUAUGAUGGCUACAGCUGAAGACACUUUUUGAGUGUUUACUUUUGAAGUAAUCUCAGAAUACUGCCCUGAACUUUACUGUAGCUGGAGAAGGAAAGUAAGGCACUUACUAGGCACUUACUAAGGAUUAUGUCAUGUGUUCACAGAUGUUUGGUUUGGAGGUCUUUGCAGAUGAGAGAAUCCCUUUUACACAAACAUGCUCUUUUAUUCAUCCAAGCUAGUUCACUUUGUUUCUAUUACUGCAGUUAGUCUGCAGAAGAAUUUAAAUAUCCUCAAAAAAAGUCCUCCUAGGAGAGUUUUGACUCCUCGUAGUCUGUUGUUUCUAGUUCUGUUAAUACUUUUUAAAGUAGUUGUUUGUAAAAUGAGUGUUUUCUUCUGAAGAUGCACAGUGGGCAAAUGUUUUAAACGUCUACAUGGAGAUAUGUUAUCUUGUGGCUACAUGGAGCUGCCAUUAAAAAUAUGAGAAAGUAACAAACAGCAAAAACACCUAGUACAGGAAAAGGCUAAAUUGUAUGGCCUUUACAGGAACAAUACUCUGCCUGAACAAUAAAUAACUCAAAAACAUCA